AUAAUAAGAGAAAAUUUAUUAACUGUUUUAAAGGAUGCACAAUACCAUGCUCAAAAAGUGGAUACAUGGACUUCAACAUUACUUGAAGGAAUAUUAAAGGGUUUACAGAAUAAUCAAGAACAAAUGUUACUGCCUGAUAGUAACGGAAAAGUGAAUGGAAAACCCUAUAAAUAUGUUGUAACGUGUAUAAUUAUGCAAAGAACUGGAGCUGGUCUUCACUCAUCAUGCGUAGCUCACUGGGAAGGUCAAUCAACUGAUCAAAUGAUUUCCGAAUGUUGGAAUAAUGACACAAUCCACUGUGUUACUACUGUUUUUGCAGUUAGAGUGUAG